CUGGGUAGAUCAUCUCGCUUGCACGAUCAAGUAGAGCCCCGUUUGUGUACCAUGAGUGAACCUGUCCCACUUUUCUUCUUCGGCUGUAAUCCGUCGGAGAACGUCCGACAUAGUCAGGAUAAACUGUAGUAGUAGAACGUGAUGGUCAAAAUGCGGAAUUCGGCAUAAUCUGAUAAUACGAGGUCCUUCGUAAUGAUACAUGGAGAUAGAGUUGAAAAAUACUGCCAUAUAGACACACAGCUCGUUCUGUACUCAGGUAAGCAAAACAGUACCACGAAGAAAUGAGAGCUAACAGAUCAGGAGGACUCAAUGUCAAUGCUCGAUCUUGCGGGGAAAGUGGUGCUCAUCACAGGCUGCGGCCAGAGUGGAACUGAGGGUUGGGGCAUAGGCGCUGCGUGUGCUGUUCUUCUCGCGCGUCAAGGGGCGAGCAUAUUUGGUGGCAAUCGCACAAUCCAGUCGGCAGCCAUCACAAAGGCCACCAUAGAGAAGGAAGGCGGUACGUGCGAUAUAUUCCCCACGGAUGUCACGUCUUCAGACUCCGUAAAGCGACUUGUCGAUGCGUGCAUGGAGAGACACGGAAAGAUCGAUAUUCUGAUCAACAAUGUCGGUCGUUCGGAGGCAGGUUGUCCUGCAACUCUCACAGAGGACCAAUGGGACUCACAGAUUGAUAUCAAUCUCAAGAGCGUCUUCUUGACGUGUCAUUAUGUCCUGCCAAUAAUGGAGAAACAGGCGUCAGGAGGCUCUGUCAGUAUCGCUGGCCUCCGUUAUAUCGGCAAGCCACAGGUGGGUUACUCUGCAACGAAAGCUGCAAUACUGCAGUUCACAAAGGCAACGGCAGUCAUCUACGCGGAUCGAGGCGUGAGGCUCAAUACCGUUGUGCCUGGCCUAAUGGAGACGCCUUACACUAAAGAGCUGUUCAUAAGAUUUCCGGUUGCGGGAGGAUACGAGAAAUUCAAGGCGAUGAGAGACUCUCAGGUACCAAUGAGACGAAUGGGAGAUGCGUGGGACGUUGCCAAUGCGGCGUUAUUCCUAGUUUCUGAUGAAGCCAAGUAUAUCACCGGGCAGAAGAUUGUUGUAGACGGUGGGAUUACAUCGUCGACUGGGAGACUGUAAUGGAAGCUGAAGACACCUGCUGCUGGUCCUGUUGUGACACUUUCCGGCUCUCUCGCCCGAGCUGGUAGAUGAUCAUAUGCAAGGUGGUGGCCGGGUCACGAUACCGGAACCAUAGCCAGCCCGUUGUGAAUUGACGUAGUCAGAGAGAUUGGUAAUGGAUGAUUAUAACGAAAUAAU